AUGCCACCCCGGCGAAGAAGAACCGGUGGUAGUGACAGUGCCAGGACCACAGCAUUCGGGAGAGCCUAUCCCAAUUUGCAGAGAGCCCUCCUGCUGUCGUGCGAAGUCGGUCCGUUUCUUCUCAUCGCCACUAUCUUGACAAGUGCUGGCAUCUGGAAGCGGCCAGUGUGGCAGAGAGCAUUGCUAUGGCGAGCGGCUCUCUGGAGUUUCCUCUCAAGGUGGAUUCUGGUUGGUUGUGCUAUUACCUGGACCUGGAAUGAGUGGGGUCAAGAAGAACAGCGCGAACAGACCGAUGAGUUUCAACAGCAGCAACGCCAAGACGAAGGACACGAGGAUCAGCAGCAGCAAGAGCAAUAUCGAGAUCGUGACGAAAUUUGA